ACGAACUAGAACUCUCUGUUUAUCAUUAUAAAUACCUCUUAAGAUUUCAAUCUCGUCAUCAAAAAACAGAGAGAUCAUCAAUCCUCAAAAGAAAAACAUCUGCAAUUCUAAACUCAGAAAACCAAAACCAAAAAUCAUUUCAACAAUGUCGCUAAUUCCAAGCUUUUUCGGAAACCGACGAAGCAACGUCUUCGACCCAUUCUCACUUGAUAUAUUUGAUCCCUUUCAAGGAUUUCCCUUCAACACCCCUUCUCAGUCUCUCUCCUCCACCGGUGGAGACACCGCUGCGUUUGUGAACACUCGAAUUGACUGGAAAGAGACCCCGGAGGCCCAUGUUUUCAAGGCGGAUUUACCUGGGUUGAAGAAAGAGGAGGUAAAGGUUGAGGUUGAAGAUGGAAAGGUGCUUCAGAUCAGCGGGGAGAGAAACAGAGAGCAGGAGGAGAAGAAUGACAAGUGGCACCGUGUUGAGAGGAGUUCUGGAAAGUUCUUAAGGAGGUUCAGGCUGCCGGAAAAUGCAAAGAUGGAGGAGAUUAAGGCGAAUAUGGAGAAUGGUGUUCUUACUGUCACUGUGCCUAAAAUGGAGGAGAAGAAGCCUGAGGUCAAGUCCAUUGAUAUCUCUUCUGCUGCCUAAGCCUAAUUCCAAGUUUUCAAAUGAUAGAGUGCCUUUGUUCAAGGAUGUUGUUUAUGUGUGAUUUUUUUUUUUUUGGUUCUACUGCAGGAAUUUUCACGGCCUUUGGCGAGUGGACUAAUUUUUCGCGGGAGUUCAUGUGUGAUAUUAUCAUGUGUAAAAGUGUAUUUGUAUAAUGUAAUGAGUUAACUAAUGAAGAAAUAAAAGUUUUUUUCUUUUGUUAA